CUUUUCAGUCACAUAAUCCAACCAGCUAUCGAUUGAAAACACUUCAGAAGCGACAACAACUUCAAAAACCACUCUAAACACCUUUCCAAAAUACUUUUAAACAAGUUACGAAAGAAAAAUCUAACAUUCCGAGAAAUGGCUCACAUUGCAAUCCUCCCGAUUCUUCUCCUGUUGAUGACGUUCGGUAACACGAUCAACGCUGGAAUAACUCGUCAAUUGGAUCAAAUGCUCCCGAACAAUGAACGCAUCACCCGGUCUAUUCACAAUCCCGUUGAAGAUGAUAUUAAAUCACUCGAAACCAUCCCAGUGGAAGAUUCCUACACGAAACACCGUCGCCUUGAUCGUCCCGUUCGCUCGGCGAAUAACUACGAUCUUAACACCGCCGAGAAUAACGUUGUCUUUAAGCCUCUCUUCCGCAAGAGGCCCAAUAGGCGCGUCCUGCGAGAAGCUAAAUCCAACAUGGACGAUAUGCAAACCGCGGAAAAUGGACUGGUUUUCCGUCCCUUGUUCCGUAGAAAUCAAAAUUUACAAAACUUAAGACGCUCGAGACGUGCCGCGGCUGACGAUAUGCAAACUGCUGAGAAUAACAUUGUUUUCAAGCCGUUGUUCAGAAAACAUCCGAUUAGAAGAGUGAGGUCCGCUGAUAGUGAUCUAGAGAUUGCAGAGAGUCAAUACGCUGCUUACUACGAAAACAACGAAAAAAAGGACGAUGAUAUAUUCCCAAGUGUAAAAGAACACGAAAUCAACACUGAUAAGGAUGCUUCAAGUGAAGAAACGCAAGAGGAAGCCACAGUUGAUGAAGUGGCGGAGGAAACAAGAGUGCGCAGAGCCGCUGCGCAAAAUGGCGACGAAGUCAUGGACACAGCGGCAAAUACAAUUGUAUUCCGUCCGCUGUUCAGAAACAACCGGCGAAACUUCAACCGUCAACGCAAUUAAUUCCUGGCCUAUGAAAUAACCAGUUGAUAUUAUUAUUAUUUUAAGUUUUAUUCGUGCUAUGUGAUUGUUUUAUUUUGAAUUGCCGGAUGCGAGUCAAAACUAUUGAUGGCUGUAGAUAUUACAAGUAAACACAGGAGUACAUUGUAUUUAUAUUGAUAAUAAUUAUAUGAUUUAUGAAAAGUGCAAAAAAUUCAAUAAGACUGUGAAUAAAUAAAUGAUUGUAAAUGAAA